AUGGUGCCGGGGCGCCGGGGCGGGGGCCGCGAGACCGGCGGGUGGAGGCGGCGGCGGUGGGACCGGCCCCUUUCGGCGCCGGAGGAGGCGGGCGCGGGGCGGCGGCCGUCGUCGUCGUGCCGGGUGCGGGACCCGUGCCGCCAUCUCCUCCGGCUCUUGCCGCUGCUGAUGCUCUUGCCUGCCGGUGCCGAGGGCCAGGCUGGUCCCAGCUCCGGCCCCUACGCUGCGGGGCCCCCGGACUGGCCCCGCGCCGGACCCGGGCCCAGCUUCAGCCUGUACCUAAGCGAGGAGGAAGUGCACCAGCUGAUCGGUCUUGAUGCAGAGUUGUCUUACGUGAGGAAUGAUGUGGUUAAUCACUACGCAUUGUCCUUCAAUCUAUUAAUCCCCAGCGAGACCAACAAUCUUCACUUCAGCUGGCAUGCUAAAUCCAAGGUUGAGUAUAAACUGGGAUUUCAAGUAGAUAAUCCCAUGGCUAUGGCUGUCCCCCAGGCCAACAUUUCUUUACAAGGAGAAGUUCCUCGGACCCUUUCAGUGUUUCGUGUUGAACUCUCCUGCACUGGCAGACUCGACUCUGAGAUCACAAUACUAAUGCAGCUCAACUUGACAAUAAAUUUAUCAAAAAACAUCACAGUUUUAAAUUUCAAACGAAGGAAAAUGUGCUAUAGAAAGCAUGAACCAGAAGUAAAAUCUCCAGCAUCUGAUAAAAACAGUAGCAAGGCUAUCUUUGAUCCUGUGAAUGCUGCUCCCACCACUUCUACCCGUGUGUUCUAUAUCAGUGUGGGGGUGUGCUGUGCUGUUAUAUUCCUGGUAGCAAUCAUAUUGGCUGUCUUGCAUCUACACAGCAUGAAGAGGAUAGAGCUGGAUGACAGCAUUAGUGACAGCAGUAGCUCACAAGGUUUAUCCCAGCCUUCCACACAGACAACACAGUACUUGAGAGCUGACACACCAAACAAUGCAACGCCAGUAACCAGCUCCUCAGGUUAUCCUACAUUACGGAUAGAGAAGAAUGAUCUUAAAAGCGUCACUCUAAUGGAAGCAAAAGCUAAAGUCAAGGACAUAGCCAUCUCCAGGGAGAGGAUAACUCUAAAAGAUGUGCUCCAGGAAGGCACGUUUGGGCGCAUUUUCCAUGGGAUUCUAAUAGAAGAGAAGGACCCCAGCAAAGAGAAACAAGUUUUUGUCAAAACUGUUAAAGAUCAAGCCUCAGAGGUACAGGUGACAAUGAUGCUGACUGAAAGCUGUAAACUCAGAGGGCUUCAUCACAGGAAUCUGCUACCUAUCACUCAUGUCUGUAUAGAAGAGGGAGAAAAGCCAAUGGUGCUGCUACCAUACAUGAACUGGGGGAACCUUAAACUAUUCUUACGACAGUGCAAGCUGGUAGAGGCCAACAAUCCUCAGGCAAUUUCCCAGCAGGAUCUUGUGCAUAUGGCUAUUCAGAUUGCCUGCGGAAUGAGUUAUUUGGCCAGACGGGAGGUCAUUCACAAAGACCUGGCUGCUAGAAACUGUGUCAUUGAUGAUGCACUUCAGGUUAAGAUUACAGACAACGCGCUAUCUCGAGAUUUAUUUCCCAUGGACUACCACUGCCUGGGGGAUAAUGAGAACAGACCAGUUCGAUGGAUGGCUCUUGAAAGCCUGGUUAACAAUGAAUUCUCCAGUGCCAGUGAUGUGUGGGCCUUUGGAGUAACACUGUGGGAGCUGAUGACUUUAGGACAGACUCCGUAUGUUGAUAUCGACCCCUUUGAGAUGGCUGCUUACUUAAAGGACGGCUAUCGAAUAGCUCAGCCAAUCAACUGCCCUGAUGAACUGUUUGCUGUGAUGGCCUGCUGUUGGGCCCUAGAUCCUGAAGAAAGACCUAAGUUUCAGCAGCUGGUGCAAUGUCUAACUGAAUUUCACGCAGCGUUGGGAGCCUAUGUCUGAAACAGCUGAAGAUUCAAUUCACUUCCUGGGAGAAGGCAUGGCAUACAUCUGCAGC